CCUUCGGACUUUCCUCUCAGACAGUGCAUAUUUUGUACACAGCGGAGAAAAGCUUGUUUUGAAGAAAACUCGCUCGUAACCCGUUUUCUACAUCAGUACGAAAUAAAAGAGGCUUCAAUUUUGUAGUAGAAACAUUUUGCUCGCGAGUUAUUGAUCCGGAAAAGUCGAAUCUGUGAAUAUCUUGCCAACUUUUUCCGAACUCUUUUUUAAGUUCUCACUCCGUUAGCAAAAUGGAGAGAAUGACUACGAGUGACCAUGGAGCUAACCACGGCAUCGUUAACCCGGUUUAUGGAUUACCAGCAGCAGCAACAAGCAUGCACGGACCUGCUGCACUCCCUGCAAACAUGUUCGAUACAGUCCCUGGAUAUGAAGGAACAGUGGCUGGCGGAGGCGGUGGCUAUCUUCAACCUCCCAUGCCAUCUGUACCGAUGCCAGUGCCUGCACAGACCCCCAGCCCACCAGUCUGGCAUAUACCCUCCAUCUCAGAGGACAGGGCACGUGAAGCUUUCGCAACAUACGUCUCCAGCAAGUGCUGCUAUAGUUCUGCCCCCGUCAGAGAGGGAGUAAUAACCAAUAUGGAGUCCUUUAAUACCUACAGGUAUCGUUUGGAGACGUUCAUGGAGUCCAGAUCUACUGAAUGGAGUCAGGAGCCUUACACAGGUCAGCCUGUGGAUGCUGGUGUUCAGCCUGCUCCAGGUCCGUGGCAGAUUACAGCUCAAUCUCCGGCCUUCUUUCAAGAGCACAAGCAGACCAUUAAAGUGCCCUAUACUUCCUCAGUCAAGAACUGUCACUUGUGUCUGGGAAUGGGAAGAAACCCCUGUACCACCUGUGCUGGAGCUGGAAAUAAAGUCUGUCGGCUGUGUAAUGGUUCUGGUUACCGUAAUUCUAAUGACAGCUGCACGCACUGCAAUGGGCGCGGACGUGAAAACUGUACUUCAUGUAGCAGCAGAGGCUCCUGCCAGUGUGACACCUGCCGUGGAAAGGGAAAGCUGCUUGUAUUCAUUAACCUCAUUGUUAAAUGGAGCAUAGAGAAGGAUGAUUUCGUAGCGCAAGAUUCAAGUGGUCUGAGAGUGGAUAAACUGGAGGAGGUUUCGGGGAAAGAGCUCUUUAAAGACGCCCAGUAUAUGGUCUAUCCAGUGAGGGGCUUUCCAGAUGUUUCUGUUGCACAAGCUUCUGAGCGUUUAAUAAGAGAACAUCAGGGGAAAUAUGCCCAAACAUCCCGCAUUUUACAACAGAGGCAGACGAUCGAGCUCAUUCCCAUAACCAAAGUGAACUACAUGUGGAAAGGAAAGCCUAAUUUUUACUAUGUGUUUGGAAAUGAGUUUAAAGUGAACGUUGAUGACUAUCCCGCCACCUGCUGCUGUUCUGUCAUGUAACAUCAAGCGAUAUGACUGAAAUCUUAUAUCACGAUAACAAUAUAUAUCACAAUAUUUUUUUUCUUUUAAAAAGUGUUUUAUAAUAUUAAAAUCUUUGAUAUCAUAGAAUUUAAAUAAUCAUUGUCACCAAUGUCAGUAUAAAACUUAGCCUAAACAGAGACAUAAAAAACAGGCUCACUGAAGAUAAAUAAACAGUGAUGAAAUAAGGAUAAGAAACUAACUGCAAGGAAUAGGAAAAUUACAAUUUACAAUAAAUAAUAAAAGCUACAUACAUUGUAUAAAUUGACUAGUCUUCACUGUGUUAAGUUAGUUCUUCUUCUUAUCAAAGUUUUAAAAGUGAUUUAAUCAAGAAUAGUGAGAGAUUUUCAUAUUAAUCUCAGUCCGGAUUUAAUGUACUGUUAUGCGUUUUCUUUUUCAUCUAUUUACUCUUUCGUAAGAGAGUGUAAAUAGUGCAAAUAGCAAUAAAUAAAUAGCACUAAGUGAAAAUUGCAUAUUUUCUUAGUGAUAGAUACUAUUUACACUAAGUGCAAAUAGUGAUGGAAUGCUAUUUACACUAAGUGCAAAUAGUAACAGAUUCUAUUUAAACUAACAGUACACUACACUUUACGCUACAGUAUUUUUAACAAUAUGCUAUUUACACUGCAUACAAGGGCAGAUAGUGAUAUAGAUUCUAUCUACACGGUUAAAAUAGGAUUUUCUGAUAUUUAUACUACUUAUUGCAAAUAGUGGCAUUUAUAUGCACCUUAGUAUUAUAGUACAUUAUAAAUCAGUAUGCAGUAAUAACGUAUAGAGUGUAAAUUAUCAUUUUAAUUUAGAUUAGGAGGCCACCUUAUUGGGACAAUAAAGCCCACCAUUCACCUAGCCUAACCCUACCAGAUAAUGUAUUUUCAAUUUUUUUAUUAUUUCCUUCAUUUUUUUGGUAAAUAAAUGCCUUUCCGAUGUGAUAUGAGAUCUGAAAAGGGAGAAAAGUUUGGUAAAAGGCGGAUUCGAACCCAGGUCAAUUGUCUGUCGUCUUUUAUAGUGGUGACCAUCCCUAUCACACGUUUGUGGGUGGAGCUAGUGUAAAUAGCCUCUGCCAACCAAGUGACAGCCUUCCGGUCUCUCUAGUGAAGCCUAAACAGAAGUGACUAAAACUGCAAUUCAUCAACUGGCCGCUAGAGGCUGGCUCCAAAAGGGAGUCAGUCUCAUAUACUCCCCUAGUUAAAG